GCAUUAAACUAUAAAAUUAAAAAAUGAAAUGGAGAAAAUUGAACUUUUCUAAAAAAAUAAAACUAUACAUUUUUCACGAUAAACAAAAUGGAUUGGCGCUUUUUAAAGGCUUCUGAUAUAAGUUCAUUCAUUCGACAUUAAAAGAGAAACGAGUGGUUUCGACCGUAGAAUAAAACUAAUAAAACGAUUUUUUAAUUGUACAGAAAUAUAUUUUUGCUUUGUUAUGACGAAUUAUUGGAUUUUCAGUAGUAGAAUAAUAAUAAGGCUUAACAUCGACAGGCCUAACUCCUACUCAAUAGUGAGUUGAGAUCUACUGAACUCGACGUUUUGCACUUUAGUAGGUUUUGUGAUCCUGCAAUAGCUUCUUUGAAGGAAAUGUGGUUAAAGAAGUGAAGAAUGGACGUUGAUCCACCACUCAAUAAUAAUAGUUCUAAUUUAAAACGAUCAAACAGUGCUCCCAUGAUAAAUGUUCUUGAUAAUCAAUCUUCAACCCAUAGAGAUGGUUCUACUUCUAUUUCACCAUUGUUGUUGAGUAUCCCACGCACAAGAAGAUUCAGUGCUAGUUUUAGUCCUACAUAUAAUAAUUAUAGUCCACAGUCAGCUGGUGUACCACUUGUAGUACCUUCUCGAGUAAGUCAGAUUAAACAUGAAGAAGGUAUGGAUGUUGUAUACAGAGAGACUGCACAUGAAAAAGAAAUGCAGUCAAAAAUUCAAAUGUCAUUAUCAUGGGAAGAUUUAACAUUGGAUGAUACAGCAAUGGGAGAAACAAACAAGAGACCCAAAUCUUUAACAGAUCCUUUGCAUAUAUUUACGCCACCUCAUGGCAUUUGCACUGCUGCUUCACCAACACGUACUGGAAAACAAUGUUUUUCACCAUCAACAUGUCAACCAGUGAGGUCAUCAAGUUAUUCCCCCACUCCUAGUCCUAGUCCUACAAGGAAAACAUUUUCCACUCGUCGGAGCCAAAGUCCAAUAUCAUUGCGACCAAGUCAAUUUUCUGUAAAACGGAAGUAUGAAGGUGAAAUAGAUAGUUUGGAUGCAUUUGCAAGUCCAGCUAAAAGACUUAAUUCAGGAAUUAUGGCAGCAGAAAAAGGGUCUCAUUUUUUACAUCCUUUAGCCCACAGUUUACCUGCAAAUAACAUUGAAAUGGUUAAUAGCCCUGAUCAAACGGUUCCUUCUGAAGGUACUGAUAUAACAGAUUCUAUGUCAAGUAGUAGUGGGUCACCUUGUGGAACAUUCAAACCAGUAGAGCCAGCUACACCCACCCAAGAUAUUCCAUGUAGAAUGGAAGAAACAUCAAUUUAAUGUUAUAAAAUUAAGCAAACUUAUAAAAAUCUUGCUAUUUGUCAUGCAAGUUUACUAAAGAUACCUCUUAUUUGCAAUAUAAAUAAAUAUACUGUGAGUAAUGUUCAAUAUUUGUUAAAGAAAAAAUAAACUGUAUUGUCUUGACUAUAAAAAUCAUAUCAUCAAUUCAAACCAAAACAAAUUUUAACUAGAAUAAUAAUGGUUUACCUCUAAUCUAUAUUAUUGUGCCAUUAAACCCAGUAUUUUAACAAAGUUUUGGGUAGAACUAUAUAUGCAUUCUUAAUGUAAACCUAAUGAUUUAACAAGAUCGUAUAAAAUUUUUUAAAUUAUUGUGCCUGUUUUUUUAGUUUAGAAUGUAUUUGAGUCUUUUUCUGAUUGUGCUGAGUGCUGUUUUUACUUUCUAUGAUAUUAAUAUAAGAUAUGUACAGUUCCAUUCGUCCAGUUUUAGGAUGUGCAUGACUUUGAAUUAUGUAAGGAAUUUAAUCUCUAAUUUUUCAUAAUCCAUACUUGAUCAUGAAAUUAAUUAUGAUUUUUAUAUAGAAGAAUAAUCAAUUACAGAUUGUUUCUAAUGGAAUUAUCAAAUUAAUUAUGUAUUUUCCUGUUAUAGAGCAUAAUAAAUUGCUCUACUUUUUAUACAGAAAUAAUAAUUUAGUUCAGAUUUAAAAUUGGAUUGUUUAAUUUAUUAUUUACAUUUGCCUUCAUAUUUUCUAGCCUGAAAAUAAGCCUGUAUAAAUAAAGAAAUGGAUGUCUAAUAGACUAAUACUUGAAAUUUGUAAUUAUAUAAAAUUUUAUAUGAUUUCUUUGUUUAAAUCGAAUGGAUGAAAAUAGGUUGAUAAAUUAUUAAGAUUGACAGUUCAGAUUAAUUGUAUCCAUAAGUAUAUUUUUGUUAUAAAAGAUCACCAUCAUGCAAAAUAAAUAUAUGUGAUAAAAAUUGUUGAUAACAGAUAUAAAGAAUGCAUAUCGUAUUGAAUAAGUGUCAAUUUUUGACUAAAUGUCAAUUUGUAUAGAAAAAUUUACAAACUUACAAUUUUUAUUAUUUAAUAUUUGAAAAUAGAUCAACAAUUUUUGCAUCUCUAUACAUUUUUAAAUAUUCAAAUAUUGUGUUGUCC